GUAUUUAGGGUUUCGGAUGAGCCGUCGAUUUUUUAGUUUUACUCUUCUCUCUCUCUCUCUCUCUCUCUCUACUUCGCCAUGGGAUUUUUUCCUGUAGAUCCAUCUAGCGUUUCUUUUCCAGACAACAAAUAAAGGCAAAACAAGGCAAAGUACUUGGCAUCAGAAUUUAGAUUUCAGCUGCCAUCUUGUAGUUAACAUUCAUUUUGAUAAAGGCCAUACUUUUUCGAAUUUAAACUUUAUACAAUGUCUAGAAAUGGAAGUACCCAUUGGUGUUACCAGUGCAACUGCCUGGUUAAUGUGUCUGGAAGGGACACAAUUUGUUCUAGAUGUGGUGGUGGCUUCAUACAAGAGCUUGAUGGCAUGGAGGGUAAUGGCCCUUUUGACUUUCUUGGUUUUGAUUAUGAGGAACAGCCUAGUAUCCGAAUAAUGGAAGCUUUGUCUGCUUUCCUUGGUCCACGAUCUGGAAGAAGAAACCGUGAUCUAGAUGCAAGGGGCAGGUAUCAAGGUGAACAACCUCUCGGGUUUGGUUUGGGCCCUUUUGUGAUCUUCAGAGGUCAAAUGCCUUCUGGAAUGUUGAAUAAUGGUGGAAUGGAGAUAAUAUUUGAUGGGGGAUCUGGGAUAGGAUUGAGGCGCCUUCCUGCCAAUGCUGGUGAACUUUUUAUGAAUCAGGAUCUUGAGGAAUUGAUUGAACAGUUAACCAUGAAUGACAGAAGGGGACCUCCUCCAGCAUCCCGCUCAUCCAUUGAAGCCUUGCCAACCAUCAAGAUUGGCCAGAGGCACCUGCGUGUGGAUUCUCACUGCCCUGUCUGCAAAGAAAAAUUUGACAUUAGUACAGAAGCCCGGGAGAUGCCGUGCAAGCACAUAUAUCAUUCUGAAUGCAUCGUGCCAUGGUUGGUUCAACACAACUCUUGCCCUGUCUGUCGUUACCAGUUGCCUGCACCGGGUGCUAGUAGUUCCAGCUCAAGAACAGUGACACCAGUGGAUGUAAAUCCUCCUUCAUCAACUGGUCAGAGAAGUGGAAGCCUCAGGAAUUUGUCUGCUGGCGAUCCGGGCUGGAGGGAAAGCAACAUGAACUCUGAUAACCAAGGGAGGCGUAACCCUUUUUCUUUCCUCUGGCCCUUUCGCUCUGGAAAUUCUAGCCGUGGUUCUGCAGGAAGUAGCUCAGCUGCGUGUGAAGAAAAUACUCAAAGGAGUUACAGUGGUUGGCCUUUCUCUGACUAACAUAUCUCAAUAAUAGCUUCAUCUUUGAGUGCAACACCGUGUGAAGUUUCUGUAAGAUCCUUUCCUCUCAACAUAUAGGUAAGACCUUUGCUUAUUACCUGUCUGUAGAUAAUACGAUGGUGUUCUUCAACACUCCUUUGGAUCUCA